GGAUCUAGAAAAGCUGUUCUCCGGCAUGCCUGCCAUAUUCACAGGGAUGUUAGGAGGUGUUGCAUCACUUCUGGGGAAGAGAUCUAUGUCAUUUUUAGCCAUUGAAGUGUGUGAUCAUGAAACCAAUGGGGUUGAAGAUGACUUAUCAGAUGAUGGGUCACAAGCUGGCGAGAAGAAGAGGAGACUGAACUUGGAACAAGUGAAAACACUUGAGAAGAACUUUGAGUUGGGAAACAUGCUUGAAUCUGAGAGGAAAAUGCAGCUGGCAAGGGCUCCUGGGUUGCAACCAAGACAAAUAGCUAUGUGGUUUCAGAAUAGGAGGGCUAGGUGGAAGACAAAGCAGUUAGAGAAAGACUAUGAUGUUCUUAAGAGACAGUUUGAUGUUAUCAAGGCUGAUAAUGAUGCUCUCCAAUCUCAGAACCAGAAAUUUCAAGCUGAGGUAUUAGCACUUAAAAACAGAGAGCCAACAGAAUCAAUAAACCUAAACAAAGAGACAGAGGGUUCAAGCAGCAACAGAAGUGAAAACAGCUCAGAGAUCAAUCUAGACAUCUCAACAAGGACCCCACCAGCCAUGGACAGCCCUUUAUCAAACCAUCAUCAUGGCCAUCCAAUUAUUCCAACAAGCAGCAGCAGACCCCUCUUUCCACCCUCCAUCAUCACCAGGCCCACUUCUGCUGUCGUGGCCCACCUCUUCUUCUUCAUCAAGACAACCUGACCACAAGAUCAUUGAUCAUCAAAAUGCUGUCAAAGAAGAAAGCUUUUCCAACAUGUUUUGUGCCAUUGAUGAUCAAUCUGGGUUUUGGCCAUGGUUGGAACAACAACACUUCAAUUGAAUUGAAACCCCCCCUUGGCUGUAUUAGAAUCAACAAUGCUAUAUAUUCAGAAAAAAAGAAAGAAGAA